CCAGUGAAAAUGUCUCGGAAAUCAAGGGAAUUUUAUAUGGCCAGUAAUCAUGACUCUGCCCGUCAGAAGGAACAGCUCAACCUGGUCGAUUUCAGCUUUCUGGACCGCAAGGCAGGGUUAAGUUUCCUUUUGCAGGCCAAGAGCCGCCAGACGGCUAAGAGUCUGGUGGAGAACGAAGCCGAUUUUUGGAAGUUUGUGUACAAGUACGAGGCUAUGAUGCGCUCCACAGGGCAGCCCGUGCUACCUCCCCUGCUCACCGAACUGCAAUUGAUCAGUUCCCAGCCAUAUCAUCGCAGUAAACACUUGGCGUUGCGAUUGGACACAGAUGAAAUGCUCCAACAGGGACAGAGCGAGAUGCAGUCGCAGUUUCGACAUCUUCUACUCGUCUACCUUGAUUUCCGCCAGGCAGAAAAGUUCCAGCGCAUCCGAAAGCUGCGUCAGGCACAGCGUAACCUGCCCAUUGCUCGCUUUCGGCAAGAUUUGCGCGAGGCAGUGGACACGUCGCGCGUAGUCAUCGUGGCUGGCGACACGGGUUGCGGCAAGUCUACACAGGUGCCCCAGUUCCUCUACGACUUUGGAUAUCGCAGCAUUGCCUGCACCCAGCCACGUCGUUUGGCCUGUGUGUCCCUAUGUAAGCGCGUGGCCCAUGAGCUCCUGGACGACUACGGCAGUCGGGUGGCCUUUCAAAUCCGUUUCGAGCGCAGCCGGACGCAGAGUACCAACAUACUGUUUAUCACCGAGGGCCUGUUGCUUCGCCAAUUGGCGGUAGCCGCCAACCUAGAUCAGUACGACGCCCUUAUCCUGGACGAGAUUCAUGAACGUAAUCUGUUUGGUGACUUCUUGCUAGGCGUUACAAAAUGCUUGCUGCGAGCGCGACCGCAGUUAAAGCUAAUUCUUAUGUCGGCCACCAUCAACGUGGAGCUCUUUCACAACUACUUCCGGGAAGAGGGUGCGCGGCUAGUGCAGGUUCCGGGACGUUUGUUUCCAAUAAAGCUGCGCUACCUACCGCCACCAGCUCUGGAGCUUAAGGCAGGCCAGGCGACGGCUUCAUCCAGGAGAUCUCAGGGUAACCGAAUCGACCCGGCUCCAUUUGUUCAGGUGCUAAGCCUUAUUGACCAGCAGUAUCCAACCAGCGAGCGAGGUGACGUGCUUAUCUUUUUGAGCGGCGUGAAUGAAAUCGAAUCGGUUGUUGAGGCCGUCCAAGAGUAUGCCACUGAGCAAUCGCAUUGGCUCGUGCUACCUCUGCACAGUGGUCAGGCGAUCGCAGAGCAAGGUAAGGUAUUUGACUAUGCUCCUGAGGGUUCGCGGAAAUGCAUCGUAUCCACUAAUAUCGCUGAAACGUCGCUGACUGUGGACGGCGUGCGUUUCGUGGUGGACUCUGGCAAAGUCAAAGAAAUGAGUUACGAUGCCACAUGUAAGGGUCAGCGCCUGAAGGAGUUUUGGGUGUCCAAGUCGUCGGCCGAGCAACGCAAGGGUCGUGCUGGGCGCACAGGACCAGGUGUUUGCUUCCGCCUUUACACCACGGAUCAGUUCAACGCAUUUGAGGCCUAUCCCACACCAGAAAUCUACCGCGUACCGCUGGACACAAUGUUGCUGCAGAUGGUGUCAAUGGGACUGCCCGACGUCAGGGUCUUUCCUUUUAUAGAGGCCCCAGAAACGGAAAGAAUAGAGCAGACUAUUCUGGCUCUAAAGCAACACGGCGCUCUUAGCGUAGAGGAGAAGAUUACUCCGCUGGGUAGCUCGUUGGCCAACCUGCCUGUGGAGCUGUCCAUUGGAAAGAUGUUGCUUUUGGGUUGUGUAUUUCCGGAGGUGGAGCAGUUGUUGACCAUGGCUGCCAUGCUCAGUGUCCAGAAUCCACUGACAAACCGUGCCCACUCGGAUCAGCGCUGCGUGCGUGAACGCGAGUCACUGGAGUCCGAUCAGGGGGACUUAUUCACCCUGGUGCGUCUGUAUCGCGAGUGGCUACAGCUCAAGAUGAGGCGCGAAGGCACUCGCCAGUGGUGUCGUCGCUUGGGCAUCGAGGAACAGCGAUUCUACGAGGUGACCAAGCUGCGUCAACAGUUUCAACGCAUCCUGGAGAGCUGUGGUAUGGUAGUGGCUAGCAGUUCUCAGUUAACAAGCGCCGAGCGGGCCACGAGGCAUGGCGAGCUGCGCCAGUUAAAAGCAAUGAAGCGCCGCCAACGAUUUGAGCAGCCUCGCCAGCGCAAGUUGCUCAAGCAAAGCGGCGGUAGGGCGCCGGAAGAUGAAGAAGAGCGAGAUGAGGAGCAAGGCGACGAUAUGCGAGAUGUGGAUUUCCGCCUCAGGUUUGAUCCUCGCCAGCUAGCACUUCUGGAGCGUUCAGCACGCCUCGAUCGCCAUCGCGACGUUGUAUUGCUAAAGCUAUUGCUCGGCAGCGGAUUUUACCCGCAGUUGGCUAUAAGCGACGAGUUUAAUUACUGUAAAGGCGGUGGACAGCAGUUCUUUCACACGCGCCUCAAGCCUUUCAUUCUGCAACACCCCAACUCCCACUUCGCCAAGCAUUUCGAACUGCUCAAACUGGCGGACAGCGAUCUGCUACCCAAGCCAGACUUUUACACGCCCAAGCAUCCGAUCAGCGAACGCCAUCAGUUACUGUGCUAUCAGUCGCUGCUUGAGACCGCCAAACCCUAUCUAAUAAACUGCAUCCGUUUGCCGGCAGCGCAGACUCUGCUGCUCUUUAGCUUUGCCAUCGACACGAACGCGGGAAUUACACAGAUUGUUUGCGAUGGCUGGCUUGGUCUGGACCUUCCGAUGCCCGGCAGUGGAAUGGAACUGCUUAGCCGCGCCGUCGAGUUGCGCCGACGUUGGAGCAGGUUGCUCUACGCCAAACUUGAUGAUCUCAAUAAAGGACAAGAAGUCCCUUCAGGUGAGAGCGAUGGAAGCUGCUCGCUUUGGCAUGAGCUUCUCGCCUUCAUGUCUCUUGACGUGGCAUAUGCGAUUCGUCGGUUGCUUCCCGCCGAUAUCAAAAGGCUCUACACACACCAGGAGCCUUCUGCGAGACUUACAGAGCUCAAAGAGAAUCCCUUCGAUGUGGAUUAUCCCAUGACUGCUAACAAUGAAAAGGGUGGACUUAACAUAUCCGAGCACGUGGUGUAUGACUGCUUGGCGGAACAGCAAUGGACAAUGGCCAUGGAUGCAGUACUUAGGGCAGAGCCAUGGCACUGUACGCGAUGUGAUUUCGAGCUGGAGGAGUUUGAUGUGCUGGAACAGUUGGUACACCGACCCAAAUGCAAAGGUCGAAACGCGCAGGCCAAUAAACCUAAAGCGCCCAGUCCAGUUACGACCGCGGGAUCAUCCAGGAGAUCAUCAUCCCAUUCCUCCGACAGCUAUUACUGCGACACCUGCAAAAGGGAGUUGCGGUUGACAAAAAUCGACAUCCUGCGACACAUACGAAAUUGUCAAAAUAACAAGUAAGCGACUAAAAUAAAAACAAACAAGGAGCCGUAGGACCCAGAGUUAGUACUCCUUAAGAAAUCUAUUAGAUUUAGUAUUGUAUACUAGAUUGGUCUCUAUUACCGUUGGAUCCAAGCUGCAAUAAACAUAUAUUAUAAAGUU